AUGGAACCGCCAGACAACCUAAGUCCGGCGACAACAGGGGAACAAAAUGGAGUCAGUGCUCAGCCAAUUUCAUAUGCGAAUCGAGUGGCAACUUCAUCGGGGGGUUCCGCUCCUACAAAAUCAAAAGAAUCAGUUGUGGGCAGACAUACUACGCACAACGGGAAAGUGGCGGUGAUAUUCAAGUCGAAAGACUACUACGGAGUACUCGUUGAAGACUGUAGAAGAACAAUUGUGGAGAAAUUUCCGAAACCUAGGCCACAAAUUGACAAAAUCAGAGCUAAGUUCAAAGAAUUAAUUACUAUCAAGGGAUCAGUGACGAUCAGCGUAUUUGACAACUACAAUGUAUUUAUUGAUUGCACAAAUGAUGAUGAUUUUAAAACGGUGUGGUAUCGAAGGAUCAUUGAGAUUGAGGAUGCUCAGAUGUGGCUACAAAAAUGGAUACCACACUUCAAGCCUGAAGAAGAUAUCCCUAUUGUGUUGGUGUGGGUCCUCUUACUUGGGUUGUCAUUUCAAAUACGUAACUGGCACAUUAUGAAGCAAAUCUUAAGGCCUGUGGGAACCCCUCUGUGCUUAGAUGCUGCCACUACUAGUAGAACUCGACCUAGUAUGACUAAGGCAAGAGUGAAAAUAGACCUUCUUAAGCCUAGAAUCUUUGAGGUUUGGGUUGGACUGGAAGAUGAAGAUUCCCCUCUAAAGGGAUUCACUCAAAAAAUGGAAUAUGAAAAUAUCCCUAAGUAUUGUAAACAUUGCAAAAAACUUGGCCAUUACCAGGUAGAUUUUUGGGUUCUAGAAAGAAAGAGAGCCAAGGAAAAACAAGAGGAGGCGGCUAGGCCCCCUGAUCAGGUGGGGGCUAGUAGCACUAAUCACCAAGUGAAUACUAGGGGGGAUAUUAAUAAAGUUUAG